ACAGUACGUACUUUAUACUGCUGUGGAAGCUUGAAAGUUGAAACAUUUAUCAUUUAUGAUUUACGUUUGAACUUUGCGCUGCAUGCAUUCGAUAUCCCGAGGAUCAGUCGUCCAUUAUCAUCACAUUAGCUAAAAGCUGGACGAAAUUUGGACUUUUUUACUUUUCACCUCACGUCAAUAGUCUGAGAUAGAGAGAACAGCCUCAGUUAUUAUCGAAGUGGUGAGUUGAAUUCAGGCAUGGACCCAUUUGGGAACCGCAGCAGAGCAGUGGAAAACCUGGUUGUAGAUGCCGGAGGUUUUCUUCGCCAUGUGGAGUUACAGAAUCUCGGUCACAGGAUUUACACAUUACACGAUGUCGUCGCGGAAAUAAAAGACAAGAAUACAAAGGAGCGCCUUGCGGUCUUGCCUUACGAAAUUCAUUUCCGGGAGCCUCCCGUUGAAGUGGUUAAAAUAGUGACCGAUUUUGCAAAGAAAACGGGGGAUUUUAAUAAUUUGUCACCAACGGAUAUUAAAGUGAUUGCCCUGACAUUGUUGUUGGAAAAAGAAAAUAACGGACUGGACCACAUCCGGACUAAUCCGCUUACUGGCAAAACGCUGAUACACAAUCCUGUUUCCACCGAUUCAGAUAACAAUGUGCGGCAAUCCUCCGUUCCGGGUUUUUUUCUUCCAAAGGAUGAAGACGAUUCAACUACCUGCUCCAUACGGUCCAGAAGUACUCGCACUUCGGAAUGUAGUUUCGUAGCAGACGACAUCCCACAUACUGAGUGCGAGUCGCCAGCAGAUGUUACUUGUGAUCCCGGAAGUGAAAAUUUACCGCUGGACAGUGAGAAUAAAGAAGAUUUUGUAGCAGUUGCUGUAGACCUUGAAAAUCUCCGCCUAUCGGAAACGGAGGAUGAACCGACCGGUGGUGGUCAGGAAGACGAUUCAAGUUCAGCACCAUCCGUACAGACCGGCGCUUUAUCUAACUUUGAUGACGAUGAAGGCUGGAUCACACCGACAAACGUUAAACGAGUUUAUGAGAAAAUUGGCGUGCAACGAGAACAGCCAUCCAACAGCAAUAAAGUUGCCUGCUUGACUACGGAUUUUUCUGUUCAGAACGUCGUACUACAAAUGGGGAUGCAAGUUAUCGGGCCGGAUGGCAUGCUUAUUAAAUCUUUGCGGACUUAUGUUUUGCGCUGUUUUGCUUGUUUCAAAGUUACUCACAAUACAACCAAAAAAUUUUGUCCAUCCUGCGGCAAUUCGACGUUGAAGCGUGUUUGUAUGACCGUGGAUAAAGACGGACAACCAAAAUAUCACAUUUCCACCAAACGGCCUUUGAACACUCGCGGAACUAAGUUCUCUUUACCCCUGCCGAAGGGCGGAAAGCAUGCCGUUAACCCCAUCCUUUGCGAAGAUCAACCUCAACCGCACCAUUUUGCUUCCAAAAAAUCCCUUCAGAAGCUUAAUGCAAUGGACACGGAUUAUAUUUGUCGGGACUCUCCAUUUUUAACUAAUGAUUUAACUAGUAAAGCAUCCCAGCUUGGGCGGCGUGGAAAUAAGUUGACCGAAACGAAAUACUGGAUGACGAAAAAUCCUAAUGCUGCUCGCAAACCCAAAGGUUGAAUUCCUUGGCGGGAUGUUUUCUCUUCCGAUUAAAAAUUAUAUAUCCG